GAACGCCUUGGCUGGGGACAUGUCUGGCACCUUUUUUAUGCAGGGAUUUCAAAAAGAUAAGUAUUUUAUUUGUAGACGUGUUCCGUUGACUGUUUUAUCUAUUAUAGAUGCAAAUGAAGCAAAAUAAGCGUUAAAUUUAAUGUAAAUUUCGGUCUAUUUCAUUUCGUGGACGCGGCGAAGGUCCUCUUUGUUUUGUAUCCAUCAUGGCUCUGGAUGACGUGUUUAAGCAAGAGGAUUCGCUGCUUUUUACAGACGAGUUUCACAACUCUUACAUCCUUAAAAGAAUCGCUCGAAUGCGAAUGCAUUCCGUUUUAACAGACGUAGUUCUUGUGGUAGAGGGCAAAGACUUUCCUGCUCAUCGAAAUGUUCUUGCUGCGAACUCGGACUACUUUAUGGCAAUGUUCAGCGGGCACAUGGCUACUACAAGUGAUAGAGUUGAGGUUAAAGAAAUAACAGCGACCGCGAUGGAGAUUCUUUUGGAUUUUAUCUACAAAGGUGAAAUUUUGAUCACGGAAGAGAACGUUGAAGAUGUUUUCUGUGGUUCAUGUUUGUUACUGCUUGAAAAUGUGACUCAAGCUUGCUGCAAGUUUAUUCAAGAACGACUGACUUUGUCAAAUUGUUGGGGAAUCCGAGCUCUUUCAGAUAAGUUCAACAGUAAUGACUUGCGGAACCGAGCAAAUACAUUUAUUGAGGAAAAUUUUAUGGAAGCUGCAAGCUGUGAGGAAUUUUUAGUGCUGCCUCCGUCUCAUCUUGCAGAUCUUUUGAUGGAUGAUGAAAUUGUGAUUCCUCGUGAGGAAGACCUCUAUGAACUCCUUCUCAAAUGGGUAGAACACAACCGCGAAGAACGCAUCAAGCAUUUUCCUUCACUACUGCAAAUGAUACGACUUCCUCAGAUCAACCCUGAAUACUUUGAAGAAAUCAUUGCCACCGAUGAUUUGGUAACAGAUCACCCAGAAGCCCAUGAAAUUAUUUCUAAAGCGAGGAGACAUAUCUACUCCAUGAUGGACUAUGAAGAAUCAGUAGGGAAUAGUAAAUCUUUCAAGUGGCAAAUCCCCAGACGUUGCCUUAGAACUGUAAGUGUUUUGCUGACUAUCGCUGGACCAUUCUGUGCAAUAUUUGAUCUGGAAACAGAACACUGGCACAACAUCUCUAACCUUACCACGCGUCACUGUCCUGGCAUUGAAACUCUCGGGAAAUAUGUCUACGUGGUUGGUGGAAGCAAAGAGUGGAAGCGUAUGAACACUUGUGAACGUUAUGAUCCAGACUAUAACCAGUGGAAUGUAAUGAAACCAAUGAGUGUUCCACGCAGCAAUAUCGGACUGGUUGCUCUUGAUGGUCUGCUCUAUGCUGUAGGAGGUUAUGAUGGCAGGUCACCCAUACGGUGAGGUCUUUAUGCUUUAAAGUUCAAGGUGUACUCUCUUAUCAAAAUAAUGGGGUCAGUGGCUGCUUAUAAAAGCCCCUUUUACAUGUAGUUAGGUGUCCUGGGAAUAGUGGUGAAAGAAAUUCUUAUUUCUGCUAAGUACUACAGACUACUGCUUACAAGCCUUGGGCUUAUACAUCUUUGUAAAGGGUUUUAGAGGGGUUUAUAAUGAUAUUGGAAAAGAAAGAGUGUUCGAAACAAGCUGUAGUAGUGCUGUCCAAAGUAUGUUUGGGAGGGGGGCGAGGGGUCUUAUUAGUGGCAGUUUACAGUAGUCCUUUUACCUGGCCUCAAACAUGUAAUUCAUGCAGAGAAAACUUGGUAAUGCAUGGCUCAUUACAAUAAUAACAAGCACUUUUGAAAAAGUACAAUGUGUGGUUCGAGAAAAUAUCCAUACCCCCACCACCGAGGGAAUUGGAAAUUCCAUGUGCAUGGGAGGGGAGGGGGUCAGAGGCCCAGGAAAUCCCAGAGGGGAGGGGGAUCACUUUCCAAGGGGUUAAUUUUGAACUCAGUAUGAAAAUUGCUACUUACUUAUCUGAUAGAUAAUUUUUGAAGACAUGAAUAAGUUUAGCUAUUUUACUUUGAUAAUCUUUUUUUGUGAAGAUAAUUUUUUCCAGAGGGGUUGCCUUACUUUGUGGAAAUUUUGGAGGGGUGAGGGGCCAUCAGUUCCUUUAAAAUAUGGAAAAUCCAGGGAGGUUGAGGGGGGGGUGGGGGUUCCUUAGUGAAAUUCCCUCCGUGGUGGAGUAUGGGUAUUUUCUCGAACUACACAAUAAUAUUUAUGUUUUUUUUUAGUUUCCUUGGCUAUAGAAAGACACUAGUUUCAGACAGUUGUAUAUAUCAUAUAUAACUUCUCUAAAGAAGCACACAUAGUGGGUUGAUGAUCUCUCUGGACAUCCUCUAGCCAGUGAAUCACAUCCCUCUCUGCCACAAAAUUCUCAGGUCUAGCUAGGUCUAUUAAGGAUAAUGUUCAUUAAAUAAUCCAAGUUGAUACAGCUCUUUAAUUAUGGUACUCUGUCUGUUGCCUGGAAAGCUGGGAGAAUCCUCUCUUACAACUAAGAGAAAAAAAAAUAGCUUAACAAAGACACACUGGGUGUAUACCGCCAUUUUCAUGAUCUGUUUAGCUUUGAUUUUCACCACAUGUACAUUCCAUUUUGUACUGUUUGGAGGAAGGUGGACUGAGAACUAAACCCGACCCAUUCCCUCAUGGUUUUCAAAAGGGCGAUUGUAACUGUUGCUGCUCUAUGGGCAAAUUACAAGUGUAAAUGUUGUGGUUCAACUUUAUCCUUGGUUUAAAUAUUAUUUUCUUUUGUUUUGGGGUAUGGUAAUGUAUGAUAAUGACUUUCAAACAAAGGAAAAUAAAAUUUAAGGUGGCUGGAUAGGGUUUUCCCGGGGAAAUACCUUCCAAGUUUGCGCAUAAACUUUCGCAUAAAAUUUCGCCAUUGACAAAGAUUUUGAAAAAUUAGCAAUGAAAUGGUGCCAUUACCUAUUUUACUUGCAGCCGUAUUUCUCCACACUGGGAACUGUUCUUCCAAAAUUGUUCACAGGGACUUUUUCAUCCAAUGGUCACCUCGUUGUUUGUAAAGCUUAAGAAAAAUCUGUAAGAGUGUUAUCGAGAAAUUUUUGGAUGAAGUUUUUUUUGGUUAGAAAUGCUACAAAAACUGGACAAUAUUGAUGUUUGACCGAUAUCUCUGGAAAACAAAGGGCUUUUGAAAUGCAAUUCUACCUUGUAGUGAAAGAUCUUGGAGAUAGCUCUAGCUCAUUGCUAGAAAGAAGGUUUUGUAAACAUUUUGGUUUACUUUAACAAAUAAGCAAAUAAUUUUUAGACCACUCGAGAUAUUUUUUUUAAAAUUUGAAGUUCUCAAGAUUAACUGAUGUUUUAUAGGACCUUUGAGUUUCAAUUUUUUUUAAAAUAUUGUAAGGCAGCAAAGUAAGGGCUACAAUUUGCUAAUUUUUUGUCUGAAAUUUCUUGUUUACAAGUGAGAGCCUUGUUUUAGAUGCGUGAACAACAGUUAGUUUUGAGCACUAGGGUUGCUUGAUGUCCCCUAUUUAAAGAGUAAAACCUGUGGGCUGGGACUGUCUAAAUGUGCAAGAACAAGAAUGACCACCAUUAGGUGCAUUAUCUGAUGGGUAUUGAGUCAAACAAAAUGAGGGAAACUACCCCGGUAUUAAUUUUUAGGCAACCGAAUCAUAAAUAAUUGAUUUAUUGCUAUGGAAUAAAAUUAAUGUUGUCAGACAUCUGGUUUUGCAAUACAUUACUAAAGAGCAGUUCCUUUGCACUUUGUUUGGCUUAUACCUGCACUUUUGUUCUUUGUUGUGUUGCAUACUGCUAGAAAAUACAGUUUACACAGGGGCGGAUCUAGGGGGAGGGUGCAGGGGGUGCAUAACCCCCCUGAGAUGACCUGCAGUUUUGUAAUACAACUGGUAUUUUGCCCCCCCAAAAAACUAUGUGGUUUAUUGGUGUUGAAGUACAGCAAGAGACAGGUGUGCCCCCUCCUAAAAAAAAUCCUGGAUCCGCCCCUGUUACAGUAAACACCCUCAAAUAUGAGAAUCUUGUCCCUUGAGACACAUACUCUUCGUGUGAGAAACAAGAUGAAAUUGGUAACUUUUGAGAAGAAUUGUAAUAAUUGUUACAAUCCAUUGUUCACUAGUUUGUGCUCAACAUGGCAGCCUAAUGCAAGGGCUUCACACAAUUCUUUUUUUCAUUGAACAGCACUGUGGAAUGUUAUGAUCCUGCAAAAAAUGAAUGGAAGUUUGUAACGUCAAUGAACAAUCAGCGUGACGGUGCAUGUGUUGUGACAGAAGGUCGUUACAUUUAUGUCAUCAGUGGGUAUGAUGGUCACAGUUACUUGAGUUCUGUAGAGAUGUAUGAUCCAAGCACAGAUGAUUGGGCUUUAGGGGGUAAGACCACUUCUUUCUAAUUUUGUGUAACCUUUCCAGGUUCGUACCCGACUGGUAAACUUCAUAUCUCCUUCAUUCACUACAGCUACAUGUAGGUGCUGCUAGGGUUAUUUUGAUAGAGAGUAACACGAGAUCAGACAUUUUUUUGUUUUCUUUUUACAGUGAAAGGGGAAAAAGAAAGCUAGUGCAUUUUUUUCCAACCACCCCGCAGUUUAACAACCAUACAUGAACAUGCUAUAAGGAAAAGGAAACAUAUUUAUUUUUGGAUAAAAUCAAAAAUCAAACGAUGACAACAACAACAACAACAGUUUCUUCAAUUUGAAAAUAAUUUUGGAUUAUGCUAUCCACAAUUAGCGGAGCUAUUCUAGGUGGGCAACAAUACAGUAACAAAAACACAAGCAUUCAAAAUCAAAAGGCAGUCAUCAAAAUUAAAUUUAGUCCAAAGUUAAAUUAAUAUAUUAAGUUCAACAGGUCCCAAUUACAUUUGUAGCCCCUGACUAUCAGACAGCACUUUCGUUGCACCUAGUAGUCUCAUACAAAAGAUAUCAUGUAGGUCAAUCUUAACUCUAGUUAACAUACCGCUUUAUAAGUCUUGGAGACUGACAAGCAAAAAAGUACAUCAGCUUCUUGUAUAAGUAAAUGAUUGAGCACAUAAGUAAUAAAAGGAAAUGGAAGAAAACAAAGGAAAAAGAUAUAAGGGAAGUAGACAGGAAGUCACUCUCAGGCUUCAGAUGUUUAUGAGUAGCUGUAAUCCAUAAUUUCCUUCCUAAAAACCUCAAAGCCUGAUGCUGCAUUUGUGAUGUUGAGAGGUACUUUGCACCCAAACAUAAGCAACAGCAUAUCUAUCUCUAAAUUUACCAUAAUUAGUUAUGAGUCGAGGCUUAAACACAAUAAUAUUUAUUUUUAUUUGCUUUAUGUGUAAUAACAUUCCACUCAUUAAUUUUGAUAUCUUUUUAUAAAUAAAUGUAUAUGAAAGCUUCUAAUGUGUCUGUUCAUUGUGUUUACACCCAUAGCUGUUGCUCCAAUCAUUGAAAGACGUGAAGAUGCCAUGGCAGCUGUUGUUGAGAACAACAUUUAUGUCAUUGGUGGUUACCAUGGCAACACAUUCUUGCCCACAUGUGAAGCUUUGGACCUUGACAAAAAUGAGUGGAAUUUCAAGGCAUCUCUGAGUUCUCCACGUUACCAAGCCGGCAUUGCAGUUUUAAAUCGUAAAAUCUAUGUUUGUGGUGGAUGGAGUGGCAAUGGGCUUGCUACAGCCUCUGUGGAAUGUUACGAUGUUGCCACUGACACUUGGUCGUCAAUAAUGCCGCUUCCAACACCUGCUGCUGCUAGGACAGCCUUUAUUAACUUUCCACGCAAAAUGAUUGAAAAGUUACUGCAUAAGGAGGAUCAGAAGACAGCAUCUGAUGAACAUUUGGCUCAGCCGAUGCAUACAGAUGCUGUUGGAACUGAACAUAAAUAUGGUGCCACUGUUUAAAUAGGCCCUACUUGAUUUUACAUUGUCAAUGCAAUGAUUUCAACAUUACUUUCAGCAAUUACAGAUCAUUGGAAUCAAUGUUCAUAGCCGGUAGUGCACUGUAACGUUUCAACUCCAUUUACCCUGAUGCAGUACUUGCAGCUGAAAGUUCCAGUAGUGACAGAUCUAGGGGAGGGGGCCCAUGCUAUUCUCAGGUCAAACUAAUUGCCUGCAAGGCCAAGAAAAAAAUUAUUAUUUUAAAACAAAAUCUGUUAGGAUUAAAAUAUUUUAAUUUUCAGUGGACAAAAAUCUUGUACCAGAAUAAUAUUAUUUCAAUCAUAUUGCAUUCUUUUUUACACUUUUCAAAGGCCUAUAAAUGUGAUAAGUUGUAUGAAAUAACUCUGAAGAAAAGGUUCUUAUUGGAGCCCAAGAAAACAAACCUCAAAAGCCUUAAAUUUCAC